AUGUUCGGGCUGUGGUUCGCGCCCCACUCUGAACAGCCGCCCCCUGUUUGCAGAGCGGGCCGUGGCUCCAGCAGGCCCAGCCCUGCCACUCGGCCACUCGGCGACCCCGGACGCUCUCCUGCCGCGGCUGCCCGCCACGCUCCGCCGCCACCAGACGACGCGACCGUCUCUCGCCUGCGUGGAUUGCCAGGGUGUGAAGAGGUGGCAGGAGGCGAGUGGUUAAAUCCGGACCAACAGUUGGAAGUGACAGACUCUUCUGUAAUUGACACGGCUGACAUUCCACGGCAGUGCGAGGGUGACGAGGCAGCGGCUGCACCGGUGACGAGUCACACGGAUGGCUGCGCUGCCCUCGAGGCCGCCAUGUGCUACGUGGAACAGCAGCCUGAGGCGACACCGGUGGCGUUACGCUGCCGCGAGCAAACGAGCCUCUCUCAACAGGAGAGAGGGAGGAGGCUGAUAGAGGCGGCCAGGGAGGGCGCGGCGGAGCAGCUGCGCGAGUUACUGGCGGCGGGGGCGGACGUGGGGGCGAGGCAGGAGGAGUGGGGGAGCAGCCAGACCGCCCUGCACUGGGCAGCACGCGGGGGUCACGUGGCGGCGGCCAGCUGCCUCGUCGGCGCCGGCGCGGAGGUCGACGCCAGGAGCAGCUGGGGGCAGUGGACGCCCCUGCACUGGGCUGCAUUCAAUGGCCACGCUGGUGUGGUGCGGCUGCUGGUCGGCGCCUCUGCUGACGUCAACGCCAGGGAUCGGUGGGGGCAGACGCCGCUGCACAGGGCGGCACUGUGGGGUCACGCAGAGGCGGCGGCUGAGCUCCUCCUGGCGGGGGCGGACAGGGGGGCCCGGGAUGAGCGUGGCAGGACCCCCCUGGACCUCGCCAGGCAGAACAGAAAGCAGGAGCUGGUGGAUAUGCUGACACAACGCUGA